UAUUUAUAUAAUAACAGUUUCAAAAUUAUUAGAUAAUUCAUAAGAAAAAUAAAUUUUCAUAUAUAUAAUAUCAUACAUAUAAUAUAAUAUCAUAAAAAUAUAAAAAAGAAAUAAUAGAGAAAUACGAUAUGAAAAUAGUACAAAGAAAAAAUAAUAAAAAACAGGGGUAGUAUGUUAAAGGGUUGGGCAUUACAAUUGCGUAAUCCGCAUGCUCAUAGACUUGGAAUAUUUCAGAUAGUAAAAGCACAACAGUCGAACGAAGACCGCAGUACCGUGCAGUUCGGGUGCAGUGACUUGCACCGAAUUUGUGUGCACGAAAAAUCUUCAACUUUUUUGUGCCUUUUGCGUGUAUUCUAUUCCUAUUCUUCCUCUCUUUAAAUCUUUUUUAUUCUUUCUCUCUCUCUCUCUCUCUCUCUCUCUCUCUCUCUCUCUCUCUCUCUCUAUUCUUUCUCUUACAACACAUCAAUAUGUAAUAUCCAAUUAAAACAUGUACGUACAUCUCCGAAUGUCUAUUAAUAGUAUAACUUUAUUAAAAAAAAUUUAUGCACGCGUGUAAACAGAACAUACAUUAUAUAAAAUUAGAAAAAAUUUUACGCACACAUUACAUAAAAUAUGUAAAAUCACAAAAUACAUAAUUUAUAAUAACAUACAAGAAGAGACGAGAGAGAAAGAGGAAUACAUCUCUGUAUAUAUAGGUUUCACGCGACACAUGAGGCCAGCAACAUAUUCGUGAAACGAAGCAUACUCGUGUGCGCGCGCAUGCAAGGAUUGCCUCUAUAUAGCUCUCAAAUUUCUGAUAACAUGCAAUGUGUUUAAUUCGAUCAAUCUAUAUGAAAAAAAGAUCCAUUUACAUUUUUAUAAAUUUCCAUAAUACGAAUUAUUAUUAAUUUUUUAAAAUGAUAAAUCAUAUGAAAAAUAAAAAAAGAUACGUAUUAUUUUUAUUUUCUUUUUUCCUUUUCAUUUUUCUCUCUCUUGAUUUUCUAUGUGUUAACAAAAAAUUAGGAAGAUAAUUAAACAUUUUAUGAAAAGUAUAUUAUGAAAAAAUAUCUAGUUAUUACGAAAAAACUAGGUAUCCACAUAUAAAGAUACCAACAUAUUAUUUUCACUGUAUAGAUCCAAUAUACAGAGUGUGCCUAAGGUUAUAGAUGUUCUCUGUGUCUUCGCGAAGAAGCACUAUGAGAAAUGAAAGAGGAGGGGUGAUUAGGGUGGGGGUGGCAGAGGGAGAAGUGAUUUUCCAACGGUCGUCAGCAUAGUAGUGCAUGCGCGGCGCGUCGCGACGCGGCGCCUCGCGGAGAAAAAGUAAGAAGUAGUAAUUUCCUCUCUUCGGUUUCUUCCCGUGCGUUUCUCCUCAUAGACGUCGGAUCUGUGCUACAUUCUUACACGUUCCCUCAUUCUUGUUCGUUCAAAGCGUGGAACAUUCUUUUAUUUCCUCCUUUUCUGUCAAACUUUGUGUUUCUUUUGAUGUCUUCUUUUUUUUUGUCUUAUAAUAUACAUAUACGCACCUACUAUUUUUGCUCACUUCUCUCAUGCCCGUUUGUGUUAGAGUGUGUUAAAGAUUUUUAACGGUGACGGUUAAAUUAUUCAAUCGCAUUUUCUCGCUUUUCGAACCAGAGAAAAAAGCUCAUCGGGAGCUGCGCGUGUAUUUUCGUGCGUCGUCAGGGUCUCGUGUUGGUGGGUCACGCCGUGCAAGAGCUAAGAGAGGCUGCUGUUUCUUCUCGCUUUAUCUUCAAAGACUUUUCAUUUCAUCUUUUUUUUUAAAUCUUUUUUUUUUAAGUUCAGUUUUUCGUUAAUACAUGUGAGACAGAUAUUCGAAUAUCGUCUUUUUUUUUCUUGGUUUCUUUUGGCAGUCUCUCGUCGUCCUCGGUGUGCAGCAGCGGCGACAAGCGGCAGCACCCAGUAACACACUGCGACGAGCGGGCGUCCGUGACACGAUCCAGGAGAAUCGAGCGAUCCGUUUGUUCGUAGUUGCAAGUAUACGAGUGCUCCGAAACGCGCGAAUAAAUGUGUCGGUCACGGUACAAGACGUGAAGCGGGGGAAUAUACGGCAAGUGAGUAUAUUUUUAGUAGCAAGCGCCAAGCGCUAAGGCAGAGUGGUAUAAACGGCGCGCAGUGGCCUGAUGAAGCGGCGUAUGUGACAUCAAAUUUCUCUCUCUUGCCACCUCGACGAGACACCGAGACAUCUUGCAGACUAUCAGCGCGCGCUAUUGGUCCUCCAAUUUCCUGGAGGCCAGUGGUGUCAGUGACACCAAAAAAUAAUACGAGCUGCUAGCGUGAAGAAGUAUAGUAAAGUUGGCUUAAGCCAACAUCGGUGGAAAAAACAAAAUGGCAACAAUAGAUGGCAGACCGACCCAAUAUGGUAUCAGUCUUAAGCAACUUCGUGAGCUCAUGGAGCUCAGAGGACGUGAAGGUGUCACUAAAGUCAAUAGCUAUGGUGGUGUGCAGGAGAUUUGUAAAAAAUUAUAUACUUCACCUAGUGAAGGUCUCAGUGGAUCAGCAGCUGAUAUUCAACAUAGACGAGAUACAUUUGGUUCCAACCUAAUACCUCCAAAACCACCAAAAACAUUUCUACAAUUAGUGUGGGAAGCUCUUCAAGAUGUUACAUUAAUUAUCUUGGAAGUAGCAGCAUUGGUUUCAUUAGGUCUUAGCUUUUAUCAUCCAGCAGAUGAUGAAGAAAAACCUUUAAUAGAUGAAGAUGAAGCAAAAUAUGGUUGGAUAGAAGGAGCUGCUAUAUUUAUUUCUGUGAUCUUGGUGGUAAUAGUAACAGCUUCCAAUGAUUACUCUAAGGAAAAACAAUUUAGGGGCCUCCAAAGUCGUAUAGAGGGGGAACAUAAAUUUUCUGUCAUUAGACAAGGAGAAGUUAAACAGAUUUCUGUAGCUGACAUUGUUGUUGGUGAUAUAUGUCAGAUAAAAUAUGGAGACCUGCUGCCAGCAGAUGGUAUCCUUAUACAAAGCAACGAUCUCAAAGUGGAUGAGUCCAGUUUAACCGGAGAGUCAGACCAUGUUAAAAAAGGAGAAUCGUUCGAUCCCAUGGUACUCUCAGGUACACAUGUGAUGGAGGGUUCUGGAAAAAUGUUAGUUACUGCAGUAGGCGUUAAUUCGCAGGCUGGUAUUAUCUUUACUUUGUUGGGUGCUGCUGUUGAUCAACAAGAACAAGAAAUCAAGAAAAUGAAGAAAGACGAAGAAAUAACUGGGAACAGCCAUGUGAGCACAGCCAAGCCCGAACCUGCGGAGAACCAUCAUGCAGUUAGCCACGCAGCUGAAGGAAAGAAGGAGAAGAGUGUUUUACAAGCCAAGCUAACUAAACUCGCCAUACAAAUCGGUUACGCCGGCUCGACCAUAGCAGUGCUUACCGUUAUCAUUCUAGUCAUUCAGUUCUGCGUUACCACAUUUUACGUGCAGGGGAAAAGUUGGAAAAAUACGUACGCUGGUGAUCUGGUGCGGCAUUUGAUCAUUGGUGUAACGGUACUUGUAGUUGCCGUUCCCGAAGGUCUUCCUCUAGCUGUUACCCUCUCCCUCGCUUAUUCCGUUAAGAAAAUGAUGAAAGACAACAAUUUGGUGCGUCAUUUGGAUGCUUGUGAAACGAUGGGUAACGCGACGGCAAUCUGUUCGGACAAGACUGGUACCCUGACAACCAAUCGAAUGACCGUUGUUCAAUCGUACAUUUGCGAAAAGAUGAGUAAAAUAACCCCGCAGUUUUCGGAUAUCCCGUCGCAUGUCGGAAACUUAAUGGUUCAAGCUAUUUCUAUUAAUUCGGCGUACACAUCCAGAAUAAUGCCUGCGCAGGAACCUACAGAUUUGCCGCUUCAAGUCGGCAAUAAAACCGAAUGUGCCUUACUUGGAUUUGUAAUAGCCCUGGGCAUGAACUAUCAGACGAUACGAGACGAUCAACCUGAGGAAACUUUCACGCGGGUGUACACGUUCAAUAGCGUUAGGAAGAGCAUGUCCACCGCCAUACCGAGGAAAGGUGGUGGAUACAGGCUCUUUACCAAGGGCGCUUCCGAGAUCAUCAUGAAGAAAUGUGCCUUUAUAUAUGGUCGUGAAGGUCAUUUGGAAAAAUUUACCAAAGAGAUGCAAGAGCGUCUGGUAAAGAACGUGAUCGAGCCGAUGGCGUGUGACGGUCUCCGUACUAUUUGCAUCGCGUAUCGCGAUUUCGUUCCUGGAAAGGCAGAGAUUAAUCAGGUUCAUAUCGACAACGAGCCGAAUUGGGAUGACGAGGAAAAUGUCGUGAACAAUCUCACGUGUUUGUGCAUUGUGGGUAUCGAGGAUCCGGUACGGCCUGAGGUGCCGGAAGCGAUCAGGAAGUGUCAAAAAGCAGGCAUCACUGUGCGAAUGGUGACUGGAGACAAUAUAAAUACCGCGCGUUCUAUUGCUUUGAAAUGCGGAAUUUUGAAACCAAACGAAGAUUUCUUGAUCCUCGAAGGCAAAGAGUUCAAUAGGAGGAUUCGCGAUAGCAGUGGCGAAGUACAGCAACAUUUGUUGGACAAAGUGUGGCCGAGGUUAAGGGUGUUGGCUAGAUCGUCACCUACAGACAAGUAUACACUCGUAAAAGGCAUAAUCGAUAGCAAAGCGAGCGUGAGUCGCGAAGUUGUUGCUGUAACUGGUGAUGGAACGAACGACGGCCCUGCUUUGAAAAAGGCGGAUGUCGGUUUUGCCAUGGGUAUCGCUGGCACCGACGUCGCCAAGGAAGCUUCCGAUAUCAUCUUGACGGAUGAUAAUUUUUCGUCGAUCGUGAAGGCAGUUAUGUGGGGUAGAAACGUCUACGAUAGUAUAGCAAAGUUCUUGCAGUUUCAAUUGACCGUCAAUAUCGUCGCUGUUAUAGUUGCUUUUAUCGGGGCAUGUGCCGUGCAAGAUUCCCCUCUUAAAGCGGUGCAGAUGUUGUGGGUGAACUUAAUCAUGGACACAUUAGCAUCUCUUGCAUUGGCCACCGAAAUGCCUACGCCUGAUCUUCUUCUUCGUAAACCCUAUGGUCGCACGAAACCGCUCAUUUCCAGGACAAUGAUGAAGAACAUUCUUGGCCAAGCUGUCUAUCAGUUGACUGUAAUUUUUAUGCUUCUUUUCGUUGGUGAUAAGAUGCUUGACAUCGAAACAGGCCGAGGAGUUGCGCAGGCUGGCGGCGGUCCAACGCAACACUUUACUAUUAUCUUUAAUACAUUCGUCAUGAUGACACUUUUCAACGAAUUUAACGCUAGAAAAAUCCAUGGUCAGCGUAAUGUCUUCCAAGGAAUAUUCACCAAUCCCAUCUUUUACACUAUCUGGAUCAUGACAUGUCUAUCACAGGUAGUUAUCAUACAAUAUGGUAAAAUGGCGUUCAGCACGAAAGCUCUCACAUUAGAACAAUGGAUGUGGUGCCUAUUCUUCGGAGUCGGUACUCUAUUGUGGGGCCAAGUAAUUACAACUAUUCCUACGCGCAAGAUUCCUAAAAUCCUUUCAUGGGGCCGCGGCCAGCCGGAUGAUAUCAGUGCGAUCAAUCUAGGAGAUGAGAAAUUCGACCCUGACUCGGAUAAAAAGCCGCGCGCAGGACAAAUUCUAUGGAUCCGUGGUCUAACACGACUACAGACACAGGUAAUAGGUGGCGAGUUGCAGGAACGUUUGAUACCAGUACCCUACAGCAAGAGUUCGACAGACCAAGCUAUCCGCGUAGUGAACGCAUUUCGGCAGGGCCUAGACGCACGCUACACGAGCGAGCACAGCAGCACUACAUUGGCGGAGGUACUGAGAAAACAGUCGUCCUUAAGCAAGCGGCUCUCGCAAACGAGCAGCAUUGAAUACGCCGAUAACAACCCAGACGAACUGACCAUACCCGAGAUAGACGUGGAAAGAUUGUCAAGUCACAGUCAUACCGAGACCGCUGUUUAGAAUGGGAGAAGAAUGGCGGGGUCAGCAGCGAUAUGUUUAUCAAGCUGUGUUACGUUCGAUCCUCUCUGACGAUAUGUAAACACGAAAAAGAAGUCAUCUUCAUCCUUGUUUAUCUCGUGGCCAGCGCGUUCGGAGGAAAGGACAAAAAAAUAAGAACCAUAUAUAUUGAUUCUCCUGAACGAGAAUAUAAAAAGGGGAUCGUAUUCCUAAAAAAAGAAAGAAAAAAGAAAUAUUAAUCAUGAUGCGAGUUAGGUCCUCGUCAUUUUCUCUCUUUGUGUUUUGUUAUUGAUAGUCGAUAGUGGAAACGGACGAUUGAAUCGCAUGUCGGUCAUAGCGUGUUCAGAAGGAGGAGAGAAAAAAAGAGAAAGGGAAGAAAGAUAGAAAUAAUGAUGAUGGCCUUCUGCCCACGAGACAUCGCCGCGGAUAUCUUAACUUAUCCGUGCGAAACACCAAUUAUAAGAUACCAAAGUAACGCACCACUGCCUUUCCUCUGUUGUUACUUACGUUUCCUUUUUUUUCUGUCCUUGUUUCCCCCGCUCUUUGCAUAUCUAUCUUUUUCCUCGCCAAAGAUUCUUUUAUUUAUAAUUUUUUUUAAUUUUAAAUGAUAAUUUUAAAUUGUAACAGAGGUGGAGAAAGCAAAGAAAGAACAAAAACAAUUAAAAUUAUUAAUGAGAAAAUUAUUUUCAUUGUUAUGACACGGGAUUUACUUAAAAUCAUAUUUUCAUUUAUUUUUUAAUUUAAUGCUGUAUAUAUAUAUAUUUUUUUUUUUUUUUGACUUUUUUCAAUGUCUCCACCGUUCUAUUCACCGUUCAUUGACUUCUUUUCGCGACAUUUUACUGCCAUGUUAUUUCUCUUUCUAAUUUUAUUUUCUAUCUUUUUAGUCUACUUCUACCUCGCACAAUACUUGCUACACUAAACUAUUUUUUCUUUUCCCUGCUUUCUCCUUUCUAUGUUCUUUCUUAUUUCUCUUUCUGACAUCUCAAUCUACCUAUCUACCUAUAUAUCUACCUAUCUAUCUAUUUAACUAUUUAUCUGUCUAUCCUUGUUUCUCGUACUCGCUCUUCUCGCGUGACUUAAAAAUGAUCUAGUCACUAGUUUGUAUUGCUAAAUACUUCCGUGAAUAUACUCAGCACUGGGGGUGCCUUACAAAAAAACAAAGUCAAAAAAAAAAAAAAGAAAAAAAUAUUAAAAAGAAUUGCGCAUUGUUUUUUAGCCUUACUUCGCGUGUAAAAUGAGAUUUGAUGAAGGAUAAAGAAAAAUUACAAGAGAAACGAGAUGAGAGAAAAAUUUGUCAUACUGAUUCUUCUUUGCUACCUUCGCGUAAUUAAAAAAAAAAGGAAGAGGAUGGGGGGACUAACGGAGAGAGUAUUUAACGACAGUACUAAAAAAAAAGAAAUAAAAAGAAUUAAAAGAAAAAUGAAUGCCACGACAUUGCCACUAAUUACGCUUAAGUCGAUACGAAGAUCCUGAUAGUAAAGACGUUAAUUAUGCCACAAUAUAAAAUCCGCAUGUAUUUUUAGUAAUAAAUAUAUAACUACGGAAAAAAAAAUCAUCAAAUAUGUUUUUUCGACGAGACACUUUUUUUAUGUUCAUUGCUCGCCAAAAAAAUAUACAUAUAUGUAUACAUACAAAAAUAUAAGAAGAUUUAUCUGGUUCUAUUAUAUUAAAAUCAUCACGAAUUUGAUAUAUAUAUAUCAUUUUUUUUCUUUUUCGUAUUUUAGCUUUUUUUGUAUAAAUUGUUUAAAAAUUGUUUUCUCUCAUUCUAUAUUACGUGGCUAUACUGUAAUUAUUCUCAGGACCUAUCGAUUUCGAUCGAGAACGAAGCGUGCAUGUCGACCAUCGGUCGAGAUUCUGAUCGAUAUAUCGAUACAUCUCCAUUAUCCGAUGCUGAUCGAUUGCGUUUCGAUCUUCGACAGCACGGAUCGAUAAUCGUGUACGUCGCUAGAGGGAUAGAACUUUUAUGUUGAUGGAACCAGUAUUCAUGUUAUCGGAUUCUAAUUAUUAUCGUAACGCCGAUAAUAAGUAUUAUUUCAAGCCGAAUAUAAUACGUUAUACUUUUUUAACUAAACCAAAAAUAACUAUAUACGGGAAUCGCUGCCAAAUAAAAGGAAAAAUGAGAUAAGAAAUAAAAAACGUGACGCGUGUUUACUAAGUCUCCAUGAAGUCAGUAGCCAAUAUACGUGUAUAUAUUUAUAUGUAUACUCAAUCAAUAUAUUUGUGUGUACAUAUAUGUAUAUAUAUAUGUAUAUAUAUUCAUUUGAAAUAUGUAUAUGUAGCUUUCUGAAAUUCGUUUAAUGUGUGUGUGCUGAUGUAAAAAAAUAAAAAAUAAAAAAUAAAAAAAAUAAAAAAAAGUAAAGAAAAAAAAAAAGAAAACGCGAAACGUGAAAAAAAGAUAAAUGCGGAUUUUUCCCUGUAUAGAGCGACGAUAAAGUGAUUUCAUUUUUAUGUGCGCUCGAGACACGGGAGCUCGUUAAUUCGUCGUUGCGUUCAUACGAACAGAUUUUUUCAUAAGGUAAAACAUAGGACUUAAUUUUGGAAGAGAGAAGAAAUAAUGAAAAGGCUUUUAAAGGCCUAUUUACAUGCACCGUAUUCUAGUCUUAAGCACUCUAUGCCUUACACUGCCAGUUAUAAAGACGCGCUGUUCUUGUGGAUAUCUGUAAAUGGUACACACACAUAUAUAUGUAUAUGUAUACAACAAUGCCAUUAUCGCCAACACUAUCGUCAUCCUUGCUGUCAUUGUAAUAUCGAUCUCAUCAUAUUAAUCACGUGCAUCAUUUUGAUUUCUAAUCUUUUUCUUCGAUUUAUCUCGAUUAUUUUAUUAUUAUUAUUAUUAUAUUUAUAAAUUUUCAUUUUGACUUCGUUUCAUUUCUCCCUUUUUUAUUAUUUAUUUCUAUUAUUCUGAGUGUGCAAUUUCAUUUAAACCUAAUUUUUUUCAACAAUUAUUUCAUUAUCUUUACUUUUUUCAUUAUCUAAAAUUAAUUAUGCGCGCAUCUCUCUCUCUCUCUCUUUCUCUUUCUCUUUCUCUCCUCUCCCCCUCCUUUUCUUUCCUUUUUUCUUCUCAUUCUUCCCUUUUAUUUGUCUUUUUGAUUUUUUACUCAGAGCUUAAAGAUGCACAAAGAAAAGAAAAGAAAACAACAUAUUUUAUGGAAAUAUUAAAAAAAAAAAAAAGAAAAUAAAUAAAACUGCUACUAAUUUCACGCAGACUUUGAUAGGCACGAUCGCGUCUCAUGAAUGAUUGCCCACGAUGUAUCAAAUUAAUUUUGAAAUAAGUAUAGAAGCAGGAAAUUAGAAACAAAACUGGAUUACGAAAAACGAGCGUCGAUCGUGGUUCGUUACGGUCACGAUCAUUGUUACAGUGGACAUCGAAUAUUUUAGAAAAAAAAAAAGAAAAAAAAAAUUGAGUAAAGUAAAAAGAAAUUUAAAAAAAUAACACAUACAUACACGAACACAUACAUACAGGUUAUCGAUACCUUGCUGUUAUCGAAGUUUCUGUAUGCUCGGUACCACCGUUCUCGUUAUUGCCGUUUUCUCACCCCAUUGUCAUCCUCGCUAUGUAUUAUAUGUUUUACGUUUCUUCUGUCCGCCGUCGAGAUCGCACCGAUCAUCCGAAUGAAUUAAGAAAAAAAAACGAGAUAAAAAAUAGAAAAAAAAAAAAAUGAAACUCGAUUCGUCACUCUCGUCCCGUCCCUAAAUUGCAUUAAGCACCUUUUUAAGCUCCGAUUGUUCUUACUCUCUGUACUCUAUAUUUAAACGCAUUUCGCGUCUAUUUAAGAUUGUGUAGAGUGUACAAAAUAAUAUUGUGCGGAAAGCAAAGAACGAAAAAAAAAAAAAAAGAAAUUGAUAGUUUCGAUAGCCAAAAUAGAAGAGAGUGAAAACUAAUAAAAAUGUAAUGAAAUGCGCUUUUCCUCUCUCGAUAAAUCGAUGUUAUCGGAUAAUCGUGUUACAAGAGUAAUAGAGAGGGAGAAAAGGAAUGAUUCCAUGAGAACGAUUCCUCAUGGAGAUCAAAGUAUGAGAAGAUUAAAAAAAAAAAAAUGCCGCCAUGAUCAGCUUAUUCUGCUAUAAAAGCUGUUCUCGUGCGUCAGUUCACUUAAAGCCGAUCUUGAAAAAUAUAGUUGAAUUCUUGUAGCGUCAAAGUUGGAGAGAACAAAAAAAAAUAAACUGUCCUUGUAUAUACCUCGCGACGAUCGUCACCGGUGCGAAUCCUUGUAAAAUCGGCCACUCUGCCCCGGGGACGUCUCUGUACUCUUUGUGUUUUCUUUCGACGUUGCUACGAGCAAGAAUAAAGAAGAUGGAAAAACGAAGAAGAAGAGAAAAAAUAAAAUGUGUGGAUUAGUUUAACAUAAAAGUGGAAAAUCGUUUAUGUAGCGGUAUGAUAUUGCACCGAUCCGUAACGUCAUUUUUCAUCUCGUAUUUUGAACUGAUUAUUAAUCUUAUAACGAGAUCGAGCCGUCUAGUGUAAAUAUAAUAUAUAUGUAUGUCUGUAUAUAUAUAUACCUACAUAUGCAUAUAUAGAGACAUGAUGUCACGUAUAUAUUUAUGUAUGUAUGUAUGUAUGUAUGUAUGUAUGUAUGAUGUAUGUAUGUAUGUAUGUAUGUAUGUAUGUAUGCAUGUAUGUAUAUCUAUAUAUACAUACAUAUCUUAUGAUAUUUUGAUUUUUGAUCAGUCAUUGAUUUAUAGGACCAUAUCGUGCUCACAAUUUUUUUUUUAUGAAUUAUAAUUGAUAUAAAAAAUAAUUUAUUUCUUUUUUACAGUAUUGUAUCUUUCAAUGUUUUUAAAAAAGCAAAGAGAUUUUUAUAAAGCAAAGGCAUCAAUACAAGUUAAGUUGAUUAUAAUGACAAAAAUGGUCCUAUAGAUCGAUCGAAUAAUCCAAUUUCUUUUUUUGAAAAAUCUAGAUAAAUAAUCAUAAAAUAUUUAUAUAGUCCAUCCAGAGAUAUAACGAGGUUGUAAAAUCAACCGAAUGAAAAGUUACAGAUGUUUUUAAGUAUCGAAUAUCAUUAAUAAUGAAAAUUAUGGCAUCAAUUGUAUUGUCAAUAGAUACAAUAAUUUACAACCACACUAUAGUCUCUAGACGAACUAUGUAUUCUUAUAAAGUAAAUUUCAUCGCUUUACUAGAGAAUUAGAAAAAAUGGUGACAGAGGAUGCGAUUUCCGAAAUCGCGAUACUAAUUUCUUUUAAAUUUAAAAAUCGGAAUCAGCGUCCUCAUCCCUGAUUAAAUUGUUCAUCGGUAUUCCCAGAUUGCAAGGUUAAUCCUUUUGCGGCAUUUAAAUAUUCUUACACAGAAUUUAUUGUUAACCGUUGUCUUCUGUCCUUGUUGAAUCAAUAAUAAUAAUAAUAAUAAUAAUAAUAAUAAUAAUAAUAAUAAUAAUAAUAAUAAUAAUAAAUAAUGAUAAUAGUAAUAAUAAUAUGUAAUAAUAUAAUAUAUAAAUAAUAAUAAUAAAUAAUGAUAAUAGUAAUAAUAUAUAAUAAUAUAAUACAUAAAUAAUAAUAAUAACAAUAAUGAUAAUGAUGAUGAUGAUGAUAAUGAUAAUAACGAUAAUAAUAAUAAUUAUAAAAAAUAACAAUAACAGUAAUAAUAAUAUAUAAUAUAAUAUAUAAAUAAUAAUAAUAACAAUAAGAAUAAUAAUAUUAAUACUAAUAUUAAUAAUAAUAAUAAUAAUGAUAAUGAUAAUGAUAAUAAUAACUAUAAUAAUAAUAAUAAUAAUAAUAACAACAACAGCAACAACAACAAUGCGGAUGAUGAUGAUGAUGAUGAUGAUGAUAGCAAUUGAAUAUCGAGUUUAUAAUAAAUUGACCGAACAGUUGCGAAAGAAUUAAUCUUGUUCGAGAAAAAGAUUUGUGGCACAUGCGCAGACAAAAAAUUUCGAAUUAGAAAGUAAUUGGUACGUGCUUAUUAAUAUCGUACCAUUUGCUUGUUUUGAUAUAAUAAUAAAAAAUAUAUAUACUGAAUAUUUUCACAUCUGGUCAAAUAAUUUCUGUCGAUAAUUGCAUAGCCACAAACAUUCUGUUUUCACAAUCUGGUAUCCGAUCUGUCGUAUAAUCGAAACGUGCCACUGCCUGCGAUAUUGAGACGCCGGAUGUUGACACUUUCGUACUGGCAUUUAACAUAUAUUGCAAUUUCUUUUUGUUUUACGCUCUGUCAUUGUUCGAUAAUCAUGUCAUAUCUUUCCAACUUCAUGUAUCGAGAUUUUCCUCUUUUUUCUAUUUUUUUUCUCUUAAUCUUAUAUGUGUAUAUAUGUGUGUAUAUAUAUAUAUACACACACACACUUAGUAACUUAUUAAAACUUUCUCACAACUUGGCAAUUAAAUAUUUUGGGAAAGAUAUUACAAACAUUAGGAGAAAAAAAGUUGGAAAAACUCGACUCAUGUUGUCAGAAAGAUUGAUUUCGCAUCUAAUGAUGUAAUUAAAGAGCGUUAAUCGCGUCCUUGUACUAUAAGCAAUAAACAAAAGAAAAAAGCGAACAAUGUAAAAUGAAUUGGAGAUCGAUAUCAGUGAUCGAUACGCGCUGCAAUAUCUUACUGCUGGAUCGAUCGAUAUCGCGCUCGAAGCAGCGACGAAUUUCUUCGUGAAGGAGGAAAAGGGAAUUCUGUAAACCCGUGACGAAUUUUCUUGAAAAAAAAAAACAAAAAAAAAAAACAAAAAAAAAACAAAAAAAAAGUUAAGAAAAAGUGCUACUUUAGACGCGUCGAAACUUGUAUUUAAAACUAUGCGGAUCUAUCGAAUAAUUAUAUUUUACACACCUAGCGACGUUUAUUCUCGCUCCGUUGUUUAGAGAUCUUGUCGUUUAUUUCAAUAAUUAAAGUACAACAUUACUUACGAGAUAUAUAUAAAGAAAGGAUAACCUCUAUAAACGUUUAAUCUUGUCGACACUGUCGCGCCUUCGUCAUUAUCUUUGCAACCAUUAAGCAAUCAUCAUUCUCUGCAUCCUUCCCGCCGUUUUCAUGUUCAUGAUAUAUUAUUGAUUUUUGAAAAUAGAUUAUCAAUAAUGAAAUAUAAUUGUAUUAAUUUUGAAAUAACCGGCAAUUAUUUUCAAUGUUUUUAAAAAAUAAACAAUAAUUAGAAAAUAUCGGAAAAAACAAAAUUUAUUUUUUACAAGCUUUAUGAUUAAUUUUAGAAAGAUUCAAAAAAGCAUAAAAAAAUCGAAGAAUACUAAAAAUUCAAGAUUUAUAUAUCAUUUAAAAUUAUUGAUUUUUGAAUUAAAACAAUGAAUUUAUCAUAUAAUAUAUUUGAAAGGAUUAUUUUUUAGUAUCUGAAAAGAUUUUAUUUGAUUUUAAUUCAAAUGUGUUGUAAAAUUAAAUAUAUAAUUUCAUAAAAACUUUAAAAAAAUAUAUAAUUUUCAUCAUGAGAAGUGAGAAACGGUGGGAUUUCGAAUCGAUGAUCGAUCGUUAUUAGUGGAUCCAGAGUGACACGAGAAAACUCAUCAUUGCGGUUGGGACCAAGUCUCGACGAUCGUCAAGAGUAAUUAGAAAGACAGAAAAGAAAAAAAUAUUUAAAAAAAUAUAUAUUAUAAGCUAGUGGAAAAGAUGAUUUUUUCGGCAGCUUAGUUGUGUCUCGUCGUUUAUAAAUAAUAAAUACUUAAAAUCUUAGCUGUGUCAUGCACGCGCUCAGAGCCGAAAAAUUAUAAAAACGUACAUUAAGUACUUAUAUUUCCACCAUUUUACUGGAUUUCCGGGCUAUCGAUCGACGCUUCGCCAAUUAUGAAAGCCGGUGGCAGAUAAUGACAGCGUGUCAGAAAUGCACAUUUAGUUUGCGAAUAAGUUUAUUAAAAGCGUGCAUGUCUUUAUAUGUAAAAGAAAAAGAAAAUGGAUAAAAAUUAUGAUUAAUUCAAACUUGUUAAAACAGAAGUUAUGCUGGAAAUUAAUGAAAAGACAUUGUGUUAUAAUAUUAAUUUACUGCUAAACGAGGAAAAUGACAAAAGAAAUUAAAGGAUUAAAUUUUGGUAAAUAAGUCUUUGUUUUCAAAUAAGAGUCCUAGAAAUUAUACAGAUUGUUUUUUUUGCAAAUAUAUUGAGUGCAAUAUUUGAUAUACAUUAAAUAUAUUAAGCUAGUUUUUCAUAGAGUUUCAUCCCAAAUAUUUUUGAAAAUAUUCAAGUUUAUUCCAUUGUCAAUGGAUUAUAUUAAUAUUAAUACAAAGGGGAAGUGAGAGUGUGCAUUUUAGUUCUCACAGUUUGCCUCAAAACAUACCAAACAAAAAAGAUACAGUAAAAAUAAUGUACACACACGCGCGCGCGUGCGCGCACACAUACACACACUACACACAGAAAAUAUAUGUGUGUCAUUAUAGAUAUUCAAAAUAUACAUAUAUAUUUAUAUGUAUAUACAGUAUAAAACUGAAAGAUUGUACUGUAUCAGAACAUAUAAUAUUUUGUGUUAUGAUUGGAAUUUAUUGUAAUUCAAAAAUAUUUUGAGAGAGUAUCCUUUCUAGCGACGAGUCGGAACUUAACUGGUUAAAAUUAAGCAAGUAAUAUAUUUAUUGAAGUUAAAGUGUGGUAAAUUUUAGAAAUGUUGGAAUUAUGUUUCAUAUAACGAGUUACUGAUUUAUUUCACAUGUGCAGUCAUAUAAUGUGAAAUGAUAUAUUGUGAACACUAAAAUAGAUACUGAAAAAUUAUAUUAUAAAUUUGAAUUUACAAAAGUUUAAUUGAACGUUAUAAAUAAAGAAAAAUACAUAAUUAUACAAAGUCGAGCCAAAAACAA